AUGUCCGACUUUGACCACGACCUCUAUGGUGACCUCGACCUCGAAGACCUCGACGCGACUCAGCUUGACGAGGAGCUCGUCGACCCGGACACGCUUGAUGCUCCGGAGCCGCCGGCACCCAUGCCGGACUCGAGGGAUGUCGCGUCCAGCUCUGGGGCGAGCGAUGCUGUUCCGGCCUUUGACGCACAUGCAGCUGCUCGCCCACACCAUAUUCCGCAGGGUAUCGACCGCAUGAAGCCCAGCGACAUGCCUGACGAGGGCAAGAUGUUUAUCGGCGGCCUUAACUGGGAGACGACAGAUGAAGGCCUGCGCGCGUACUUUAUCCAGUUUGGCGAAAUUGAGCAGUGUACCAUUAUGCGUGACCCGACAGGUCGGUCGCGCGGGUUUGCCUUCCUCACCUUCCGUGACCCAGCCAGUGUGACCAAGGUUCUUGAGCAGAACCACCAGCUCGAUGGCAAGAUGAUUGACCCGAAGCGUGCGAUCCCUCGUGCGGAGCACGAGCGUACAGCCAAGGUGUUUGUGGGUGGUCUCGCUGCCUCCGUUACGAGCGAGAGUCUCAAGAUCUUCCUCGGGCGGUUCGGCAAGGUCAUGGACGCGACGGUCAUGUUUGACCGCCUGAAUGGGCGCAGCAAGGGCUUUGCAUUUGCGACGUUUGCGGAAGAGGCGGGUGUCGAUAACGCCAUGCAGCAUUCCGGAAUUGAGCUCGAGGGCCGCGCUAUCGAGAUCAAGAAGGCGCAGCCCCGUGGCGCAGGUACCCAGGUCAAGGCCUUUACUGCGCCUGGUGGGGCGCGGACCUCGGGGUUCAACGCUACUUCAAACGUCGAGUUUGGGAUGGGGUUCGACCCUAGCGCCAUGGCUAUGAUGUACAACAACAUGGCAAAGGGACAGACCAUGGGGAUGGGCGGGGGGUUUGACCCAAACGCCAUGGCCAUGAUGUACACCAACAUGAUGAAGAACAUGGGCAUGAAUGGCGGCGCGCCCGCUAUCAACCCCAACAUGGCACGGGGGAUGGGUGGAAUGGGCGGCGGCAUGGCCAUGGGAAACAUGAUGGGAGGCAUGGGCAACAUGAUGGGCGGGAUGGGAAUGGGAAUGGGAAUGGGCGGCAUGGGUGGUGGUAUGGGCGGAAUGGCGAUGGGCGGUGGUGCUGGUGCCAUGGGCGGCAGCCGCGGCGGGCGCCAGCCCCCGAACGCACCCCGCGGCCCCGCGGCCAUGCGCAACACUGGCGGGCCGAGCGGCAUGGCGCAGCCGAUGGCACAGAGCGGCAGCGGAAACGGCAGCUCGCACGGCGGCACGGGCUCGGGUCCCCAGCGCUACUCGACGCAGGGCCAGCAACGCGCCAAGCCGUACUAG